AUGACCGACUACUUCUCACAAUCAAACAGAUCAUUGGAUGUUAUGGUAUCAAGAAUGACAGCACUUGACGGUAUGCCAUACAGGGCAUUUACAGAAUCUGAAGACCUGAAGCAUCUAUUUAAAAAAGCUGGUUAUAAAUUACCUACGAGCGCAAAUACUAUAAAAGAUGUGACUAUAAAGUUUUAUGAUAAGACUAAGAAAAACCUUAUAAAGGAAAUACAGGAACUAAAGGAUGAAGGACACAAAUUUUCGGUUUCAAUAGAUGAAUGGACAUCUUCAAGAAAUAGGCGAUAUAUGAAUGUGAAUCUUCACUGUGCAUUUUUCAAAGGUAACCACCACACGACGAGAAAUCUUGGUUUAUGUAGGACGUAUGGCUCUGUUACCGCUAUCAAGUGUGAAGAAUACCUGCGAGAAAGGCUACAUGAAUUUAAAUUAGAUUUUGACACUGAUGUGAUCGCCAUUAUAUCUGAUGGAGCUUCUGUUAUGACAAAACUAGGAGGAAAUUUAAACUGCAUACAUCAGUUAUGCUUAGCUCAUGGCUUGCAAUUGGCCAUCGUGGAUACGUUCUACGUAAGAAAUCAAGAAAACGUAAAUGAGGCUCAAGAAGAACUUGCCGAAAACGAAAAUAAUCUGAACACUGUUUGCAUUGGCACUGAAGAUGAUACUGAGACUGGUGGAUUUCAAAUAGAGCAAGCUCCAACUGUAACAGUUGACGUGGAGACAAAUAUUAAGUUUGGGCUUGUUGUAGAAAAGGUGAGGAAUAUUGUGCGGAUGUUCAGAAAGUCACCAACGAAAUCCGAUAUUCUUCAAAAUUACAUAAAAAUGGAGCUUGGUAAAGAAUACGCACUGAUAUUAGACUGCAAGACGCGCUGGAGUACUCUUUGCAAUAUGAUUGGUAGGUUUAUUAAAGUUAAAAGAGCAGUCUUAAAAGCACUCAUUGAUGUAAAAUGUGAUAUCCAGAUUAAUGAAGUGGAGUGGUCUAUUCUCGAAGACAUUUAUGAGAAUCUCGAUGUAAUGAAAGUUACUGUUGAAGCUGUUUGUCGCGAAGAUGCUACUCUGCUUAGUGCUGAUGCUGCCAUGAUUUUUGCACUUAAAAAACUUGAAACUCGUAACACGUUGCUUAGUAAGGAGCUUCAUGCAAGUCUGAGCAAAAGGAUCAAACAAAGGCGGCUACCAGUUGCAAGUCUAAUGCAAUACCUUCACAACCCAGCAACAUAUUUUGAAGAAAAUGAAUAUGACGCAGAUGUUUAUCCGCGCUUGCCUAACGAUUGUCUGCAAGAGAUGGUAUUGGGGCUUCUAAAAUACGAUUCGGCCGCACAAUCUUUUACUUGCAACGAUGUCAAUGACUUACCUACUGAUGAUUCGCAGAAUGAAGUCGGCAGCAAUUCCUCAUUAUCAAAUAAAGAAUUAAUUAACCAACAAAUCAGCAAAAUUAUCUUUGAUGACACGAGAAGAGUUGGAAUUGGAAAUCUUUCAACGUCUAAAGAAGACUUAUUGACACUACUGAAGGUUGAAAUGCUGUUAUUUGAAAAUGGAGGUGAUCGAGGCCAAUUGCUGUCAAAAAGCUUAUCGAUGGAUUCGUUCAAUUAA